AUGAAGGUUAAUGAGUUUCUUGCUGGUGUUGGGAGUGAUGCACCUGAUGUUGAUGAUGAGAACAUUGUUUCAAUACUGUCAAUGAGUUAUGAUGAUGUGUGGGCAAGAACUCUUUUGGAUACUAUAGAAGUUGAUCUACCUCCACAAUCUGAAUUUAUGUUUGGGCUUACAUCAAUCGAUAGGGUAUUUUCAUUUGAUCCAAAAUCAACUUUGGCUCUACAGAGGCUUGUCCAAGAAACAGAAUCAAGAAUCCCUCCUGGGACUACACUCAUGAUGUUAGAUGCAGAUAAAAUGGUUGCAGUUGCUAGUUCUCGCAAUCCUACUCUAGCUAAUGCCCUCACUAGACUCCAACGAUGUGCCCUUAUUGGUAGUUGGGAGGCUCUUACCACCAUGGCAAUCAUAUCGGGUGAACCUUACAGGAUACAAAUCUAUGAAUUUUUACAUGCUCUGGUACAAGGGGGUGUGCAGUAUCAAUUUUCAGAUAUGCAUACUAGUAAUGGGGAAGAUCAAGGAGCUAAUGGUAUAGGUCUUGGAUCUCUGAUUAGUCCAAUGCUCAAGGUUUUCAAUGAAAUAUAUAAUGCACAAGAUGAUCUCAUAAAGGAAAUGUGUAACCAUGAUAAUGCCAAAAAAGAGUGGAGUGAUGAAGAACUGAAGAAGCUAUAUGAGAAACAUGAAAGGCUUCUAGAUCUUGUUUCAUUAUUCUAUUAUGUUGCAAGAACAAAGUAUCUACCUCUAGGGCCAACAAGUGGCAUGAGAGAUGUUGUUGUGGCUACAGGGAUUGUUGAACUAUUAUAUGAGACCAUAAAACCAGAAGCUGUGGAGUCUGACAAUAAUCUUGAUGAUGAUUGA